UUUAAAAAAAGACUUUAUUUAUUUAUCCCUUGUGUAUCUGGCUACGUGGGUCCUGGGGAAUCCUUUGCCUUGGCAGGCAAACGCGUGAACCGCUACGCUCUCCCUCCAGACCUCAUUCACCUUUAGAAUCCCCGUAACCAUUCCCGGAACCCCGUACCGGCCGGAACUCUAGUGUUUCAUCACCUAGUUUGCCGCCGGAGGGGAAAAGCAGGUGGACCCAACCCAGAGACGUGAGAACCGGACGGCCAAGAGCGAUGGACUCGGCGGAAGUCGCAGGUGGGGCCGUGGAAGCGCAGCCGGGGCUGUCCGGGAAUUGGCGCUUGUGGGAAGCGGAAAGUGGCCGCUAGCGAGACACGAGGGGGUGUCUCUUCACCGGAAGGGCGUCGCAGGUGAGGCUGGAGGGGUCGGAGCAGGUCUGCGCCUGGGCUUCAGAGUGUGUUUGCCACUGGCUGUGUGGCCGCAGGUAGAACUGGACUGAUUGUUAAAACUUCUUUUCUCUGAAAAGAAAAAUACAUUUUGACUUUUUCUUACAAUGGCUUUGGUUCACAAAUUGCUGAAUGGAACUUACAUUCUCAGAAACUGGGUGAAGCCAAGUGCUACCUUGAAUCCAUUUUUGGGUAUUCACUUUGUAGACUAUUCUUCUAGUAGCCUCCAAAAACCAGUGGCUCCUCUUGGCAGAGUCUCCCAGCAGAGGAAGACUGAAGAGGGUUUACAAGGACAUCACCAAAAAGAAGUUGCUUUGGAUAUAAGUUCUUCUGAAGAAAAGCCUGAAGUUAGUUUUGAUAAAGCAAUUAGAGAUGAAAUAAAGGAACAUUUCAUGCGUUGGAAGGAUGAAAUUGUAAAUCAUUGGGUAGGGCCAGAAGGCCGCCCACUGCAUGAGGUCUUGCUGGAACAAGCCAAGGUCAUCUGGAAGUUCCGCGAAAAAGAAGAUUUGCAUAAGUGGAUAGUGACUUCUGAUAAGACAAUUGGAGGCAGAAGUGAAAUAUUCUUGAAAAUGGGCAAGAAUAACCAAAGUGCACUGCUGUAUGGAACUCUGAGCUCUGAGGUGCCUCAUGAUGGGGAGAGUAACCAAAGUGGGUACUGUGCGAUGAUAUCCAGGAUUCCGAGGGGUGCUUUUGAAAGGAAGAGACCUUAUGAUUGGUCCCUGUUCAAUACUCUGUAUCUUCGUGUCCGCGGGGAUGGCCGGGCAUGGAUGGUGACCAUCAGGCAAGACACAGACUUUGUUCAGAAGAAAAAUCAAAUGUACAGUUACUUCAUGUUCACCCGUGGGGGUCCCUACUGGCAAGAGGUCAAGAUUCCUUUUUCUAAAUUCUUCUUCUCGAAUCAAGGAAGAAUCCGAGAUGUCCAGUGCCAACUUGUGCUUGACAAGAUCUCUUCUAUAGGAUUCACCCUAGCUGAUAAAGUGGAUGGUCCAUUCUUUCUGGAAAUAGAUUUCAUUGGGGUAUUUAAUGAUCCAGCCCACACAGAAGAAUUUGCUUAUGAAAAUUCUCCAGAUCUUAACCCAAGUCUUUUUAAAUAGAGAAGAAUAUGUGUUACUAGAUCAAAGGCAAGUAGCACCUACAUGAUACAAAUAAAUAAAGUGUUUCUACUAUUA